GUGGCUUUCGUACUGCUGAACAAUGGCCCCAAGUUCCCUGGCAGAAGCUGCAGAGACUGGUGCCAGGAUCGGGGCGCCGAGUGCGUGGACGUACGCGAUGAUCUUGGCACUGGGAGGUUCCCGGAUGAGAAGAACACUUGCGGGCUCAGCGCGGCUGAUGAUCCAAAGAAUUUCAACAGCGACGGUACCCCGAAGACUUGCGACAGCAUUGGCAGGGACACCCACUGCGUCUGCAAGAAGCCGGACAACACUGCGCCGGGCGAGCCCGUGGAGAGGACCUGCGCGGAUGCCCGGGACGCCGCCGGCUUCAACUUCUCGUACCUGGACGCCGUGGACACCUGCCUAGAGGAGGCCAUGUGGUUCAAUCGUGUGACCUACCCGCAGACCGGCGAGCAGCCUACCCUCGAGCAGCGACUGCUUGUCUACUGCGUCCAGGAUGUGUGCGCCUCAGACCCCGAGGACAGGCCGGAGGUUGCACGCAGCUACGGUGACCGGGACCCGGACCUCGACAACAAGCCGAACCAGUGCAAUGGCCCCCUGCUCUGCAAUGUGAUUUGCUCGGGCCACCUCAUCCAAGACUGGGGCGAAUGCGUGAACCGCUGUGAGGGACACCGAUCCAAGCUGCUCCACGCAGUGACACAUUACUGCAGGGCAGGCAGUUGCCCCUCACUCCUGCAGGAGACGGAAACCAUUGGUUUGCUCCAAUAUCGUGGCAACCGCUCUUUGGACACAGACUCCCGCAGGUCCUACUCAAGCAGAUCGCGUAGGUCCUGGUCAAGCCGAUCGCGCAGAUCCCGUAGAGGUGGCGGCGAUGACGAUGAUGGCGGCCGCCGCCGCAAGGGUGGGGAUGAUGACGAUGGCAGUCGGCGUCGCAGGGGUGGAGGCGACGAUGACGACGGCAGCCGCCGUCGCAAGGGCGGUGAUGAUGACGAUGGCAGCCGGCGUCGCAAGGGUGGAGGCGAUGAUGACGACGGUAGUCGCCGCCGCAGGGGCGGUGAUGAUGACGAUGGCAGUCGGCGUCGCAGGGGUGGAGGCGAUGAUGACGACGGUGGCCGCCGUCGCAAGGGCGGUGACGAUGAUGACGAUGGUGGCCGCCGUCGCAAGGGUGGA